AUGGCCGCGGUGACAUCCGACGGCGCUGGCGGUCGGGCCUUGGCCGGCCCCCCCUCGAGCAGCCUGGGCGAUGGCGCGACCACGGCGAGGAUAUACGACGCAUUGGAGCUUAUAUAUAACCCGCAGUCGACGAACCAGGACCGGAAAGACGCCCAGAUCUUCUUGGAGGAGGUCAAGACGACGAGCCAAGCGCCGUCCAUCGGCUUCGAGCUCGCCUCUGCCCCGGCAAACUCGCCCAUCAUACGCCACUACGGCCUGUCGCUGCUAGAGGAUGCGAUCAAACACAAGUGGGCGGGGUACACCGAGGACCAGGUCGUGCUGCUGCGCAGAUGGGUGUUGCAGCUGGCCGAGAACGUCUCGAGGGACGAUCCGCUCUUCCUCAGGACCAAGGUUGGCCUGUUAUGGGUCGAAGUGGCCAAACGCUGCUGGGCGGCCGAGUGGAUGGACAUGGACAAGCUUCUGAUGCAGCUCUGGCAGCUGCCCGGCUCGCUCGUGCAUAAGGAACUGGUGCUCUCCGUGUUGGAGAUGCUCUCCGACGAGGUCUUCACCGGCGACGACGCCGUCGUCGCGCUCCGGGAAGGCGUGCUGAGCAAGGCCUGCGUGGACAUCUUCACGCCGUCCGCCGUCCUGAGCGAGGCAUUCCCCAACCGCCAGCUGGGCCCGAAUGUGCGCUUCAACGACGAUGGCUGGCUCGAUCGCGUCUCGCGUCUGCUGGGCGACUGCCUCGACGGCGACGUGCAAACAAACGACGACGUGCGGUCGUGCGCCCUCAAAUCACUGUCGGUCAUCUACUCCCUCAUGCCCUGGGCCAUACCCAAGGCCAUCGUUGCUUCACGCUGCGUACCGCUCAUGUGCCGGGCGCUGGCGGCGCCGCACGUAGCCGUGCAAAAGGCAUCUCUAGAGGCUCUCCAUGCGCUGUACUCGCGCAGUAAUUUUACCGACGAGGAGUUCACCGACCUCGUCGUGCCCAUGUACGACCCCGAGUUCAUCGACCUCUGUACAAGACUGUUCGAAUGGUCUACCGUCGACGCCGAAGACAUAGACGACGACAAGUACCAGUUUGCAAAGAAAUUCUCCGAGAUGAUGUCUUGUCUCGGCAAUUAUCUGGAGCGCAAGUUCUCCAGCUUGCCCGCCAACCUGGAGGUCCCCAGGUUCUUGGAGCUCUUGUUGAGGGUGGUGCAGAGCCAGAGCCUGGUCGUCUCGAUACCCGUCCUGGUCACCUGGACCCGGUUCCUGAGCAACCGCGCCCUGGGCUCGUCCAUCGCCGACACGCCCCUGAUCGGCCCGCUGUUGGAAGUGUGCAGCGCCAGGCUAAUCCGCUACGAGAGCCUGCCCGAGGACACGCAGGACCCGACCUACCUUCUCCUCUUUGAGGACACCGAUACCAUUCCAGAGCGCCAUGCCUUCCUCGGCAAUUACCGUCGAUACAGCUCGCAGGUGAUCGAGAGCGUGGUGCAGCUCAAGCUUGUGGACGCGACCCGCCACAUACUAGGCCAGGCAGAUCACGUCCUCGAGCACCUAUACGAUGGCCAGCCUCCGCUCGACGUCGCGCGCUACAACAAGAACUCGAUGCCCGCCCUGCGUGUCGACGCCCAGUUUACCGUGAUCGAGUCAGCCCUCAAGGGCUUCGCUCGCUGGAAGGCUUCUAUGAACCGGGAGGCCGGGCCGGAUGUCGACCAGAAGAGCAAGAUGGAGGCUGACUUUGAGUCGUGGUGCAACCGGCUGCUCGAUAUGCCCGUCGAGGACCCCGCUAUCAGGAAGCGGAUCCUGCAGCUCCUCGUCGCCUUCUCCACGACGGCGCUGGACAGGAACGCGGGCUUCAUGCUUAAGGUCCUCGAGCACAUCCUCCUCACGUGGCCCGCCCCGCAACCCGAGCACAAGCUCUUCAACGACGCCAUCAAAGACCUGCAGUCGGAGAGCAUGGUGGAGCUGCAGCGGCUUGCGUCCAAGAUGCCCGACCACCUCCUCGACGUGUACGACCAACUCGAGGCCAAGGUCAACGACAUGAUUGCUUCUGGCACCCUCGACAGCAAGCGUAAGAUUGCCUAUCAGAGUUUCCUCUUCAUCAUCGUGCACCGGGCGAGUCGGAUGGAAGAGGGCGACAGGCUACGGCGGCUGCACUCUUUCGUCGAUCCGGUUGUGGCUCAGUGGAAGAACGAAGAGUUCAAGCGCCAGCUAGCCUCCUACGGAGGGUUCUGCGGUCUGAUGGCCCUCGACCGGGCGCAGUCGUAUCUGGCUCGGAAACGCAUCCACAAGAUUGCCGACUGGGGCUCGGUUGAGCUCGACGGCGAGGGCCUCGCCCUGCAGAGCGAGCUCGAAGAGCGACAGACUCUCCUGCCGCUUCGUGCGACCAAGUCAUUUCUGACCUAUUCCGUCGAGAAGCUCGACAAGGACUCGUCGCCUUACCUCGCGUCCUGUGAGCUCUGGCGCGACGCGUUUGCGGACAUUCUGCCACAGCUCUUGCAAUUCCUCAGCCACGCCCACGCUACGCACAACCCUGCCAACUGGACUCUCCUACCGGCGGACAUGCACGCCGUCGUAGGCCAGGUACUGACAGAUAGGUUCUGGCAGGCGGGCAUCUCCGAGGGCAGCAAAGAUGAUUUUUACGCCCGCGUCCUGGACAAGAAGGGCACCCUCGAGGGCUUGGCCUCGACGAUCCGCGGGACGGUGCGUUUCGUGCGCGAGACGUGCUACGCCGUGCUGUACUGCAUGAGCCGGCUUGACGUGCACUUUUACGGCUUCAACGAGCUGCCGGGGCCCCUGGCGCACGCAUUGUUUGCGGACUCAUUCUGCCUGUCGGCACACCAGAUCAUCAACCUCCUCAAUUUGGUCCGCUACCUUGUUGACCACUGUCCCGUCGCCCUUCGAGACCACUUCCUGCCGCCCCUGCUGGCCACCUGCUUCCAGCAAAUGGACUCCAAGAUCAAGUCGGAAUGGGACAAGCUCGACCGGCAGCAAGGUGUGCAAUCGGACGGUGAGGCCCUGACGGAGGAGAUGAAGGCCGAGAGCAUCCUGCGACAGCUCACGUAUACCGCCGUCGUCAUGGUCGCCGACUUUCUAGACCCGGCAAGGACGAGUGAGACCCGACCCCCGCCCCGCCACAGCGUCUUGGCCGCUAACCACGUGUGUGCAGAUCCUCCCGCCGAACCAGCAUCGGGCAGGCAUCCGUCGCUGCGCAAGUUUUGUCUGAUGCAGUCCUCGAUCGUCGAGCCGCUCUUGGUCUUCCUCAUGCACGCCAUCAGCAUGCACGACGGGCGGUGCUGUGGCGUCGUCCUUCGCGUCUUCCGGUCCAUCGUGCCCGAAUUCACCGGCGGCGCGGCGACGGCCGGCAACCCACCCUCGGACCAGCCCGUCUCUGGCAGUGCGCGCCCCCUCGAGCCGCUGGACGGGUUUCCCAUCCCUGCCGAGACGGCCAGUGCCAUCCGCGAGUUCAUCUCGUCCGACGUCCUCAAGGCCUGCAUCGAGUCGCUCCACGAGCCCUAUUUUGUCGACCUGCAGAAAGAGCUCGGGUCUCUGAUUGCAUUCAUCCUGGUCUACUAUGCGCCCUUGUCCACCACACCGGCCAGCGUCCUGCUCUCCCUGCCCACUAUCAAGCCCGAAGACGUCCGGCAGACCAUCGAGUAUGUCGGCCGGCCAGGACUGCACACACGCCAACAACGUGCCAUCGUACUGGACCUCCUCAAAGAUCUCAAGGGCGUGAGCAUCUCGGAACAGGGCAGGCUGAGCAAGACCAACGGCUUCAAAGGGGAGGCCGGGCGGUCGGCGAAGAAGACAUCGCGCAGCAAGAUGGCCCAGGCGUUCAUGACUGCUCCGGGCCCUACGCCUAGUGGUGCGGCGGGUUUCGGCUCUGGGGAGGCAGGCGGUCCGUCCGCCGCCGCUACGAGGCAGAGCCCUGAUCUAGAAGGAGUAGCGGGCCUGUUUAAUACCGGGCAGUGA